AUAAUUCUUCACUUAUAUAAAGUAUAAAUAUACAGCAAGUUCAAGACUACAUCAUGUUAAUUCUAUUUUACCUGAUCACUCGUUCCACUAUCUAUUUUUGGAAUUAUUUAUUUAACAGAAUGGAUAAAAUCGACGAUGCAGAUAAUCAGUCAAGUUUGAAGGAAUCGAAUGAAUCCAUUAACGAGGUCUUUUCCAAAUCGACAAAUUUCAGUGAAAAUUCCGAUGUAAACAGUAUGACGGAUGCCGAGAUGAAAAUAUUAGGAUUUAAAUCAAGAAUUUGCCGACAACAUGCACAGAAGAAAUUCGCCAAAUUCGUUACGCCAAAAGAUUCCCCUAUUUACUCGAUGACGCAGAAAAAGCGUGGCAAAUGCGUGAUAUUCAACCACGAGAAGUUCGAAAAUAACAGAGAAUCACAACGAAACGGGACGAACUACGACGAGAAAGCGAUAAAUGAAACCUUUUCUACUCUUGGUUUCGAAGUGAAGAUCUAUAAGGAUUUGAAGUUCAACAAAAUUAUAGAAGUCAUUACGAGUUUGCAAAAUGAAAAUCACGAUGAUUGCGACUGCAUAUGUUUCUUUAUACUAACUCAUGGUAAAAUCGGUGAUAAUGUAUCUGCGUACGAUAUAUCUUACCCGGUACAGAUGAUCUGGCAACCAUUCAAUUCGGAUAACUGCAUAUCAUUGGCUGGUAAACCAAAACUAUUUUUUAUACAGGCUUGUAGAGGUGUAACCAGCGAUUCAGGUAUUCAGGGUAGAUCUGGUAUAGAUUCAGAUGAAAUGACUUAUGUACUUCCUAUGACUGCAGAUUUUUUAUACGCUUAUAGCACCAUGGAAGGUUGUUAUUCGUUUCGUGAUACGAAUAAAGGUUCGUGGUAUAUUCAAACUUUGUGCAAAGUUAUUAAUGAGCAUUGGAAGAAUUACGACAUGUUGAAAAUGUUAACGAUAACAUUACGAAAAGUUGCUACGGAAUAUUCAUCUCAACAUGAUGAAAUGGAUAAAGACAAGAAGAAGCAAAUGCCUACUUUCACUUCAACAUUGACUAGAGAUCUAUAUUUUAAUUCGGAAUUCAUGGAAUAGUAACGAUUUAACGAAUUGAGAAUUUUAGAAGAAAAUCCAUUAUUACUGUUCUAAUCAUUAGAUGAGAUAAAAGGAAAACAAAAAAAAUUAUAAGACAAAAUUAAAAGUAUCUAUCAUGAUCAUUUUGAUUUUUAUAAACUAUAGUAACGAUUCAUCGUAUCGUUACAAUUAUUAGCUAGGUUAGAAUAUUAUCGCUCAAUGUUUAAAGAAAACUGGUUAAAAUUAUUACUAUAGAUCUUUUUAAAAAUAUUAAUUAAUUUACGUUAAUUACAAAUUGAUAAAUGCAAUAGAUGAAUUAAUGGAAAAAAAAAAAAUGGAUUGAUGGGAUUUAGGCAAGUAUUGGGGGAAAUAACCUUGAACAAUUAAUAAUUAUGAAUAGAUUUUAUUCUUGAUAAGCGAGCAAAUGUGCGUGAAUAACUUAAUUAUCUCGUCUAGAUUUACGAUUUUUAACUAGCUAAUUUUGUUUUAUUAAGCCAUUAACUUUAUUAUAAAAGAGAAUUCAUUGUUUCAACGAAUGAAGCUUGUCACAGGAAGUUUGCUACUAAAUUACCAUAAAUGAGUAAUAUUUACUAUUUUAUUCAAAAAGUUGAUGGAAUUACGUUAAAAUUACAGCAAAAUUCAAUUCUCUCUCAAAUAAAUAGUAUCUUCUUCGAAGUAAUCUUGUUUCGAACGUAUAUACUCGUCCAGUGGUAUUUUUAUCUUCUCGUGAAACUUUGUUCAGGGUUCUCAUUGAUUUAUACGUUCAAUGUUUUUUACAUACCUUUUAUAAAUAGUCAUUGAUUUUAUAACUUUCGUUACAUUUGUUUUUGGCUAUCAUUUCAUUUUUUUUUAAUCGAGUUUUAUGAAGAAAUUUCUUAUUAAUGAAUUGUUUAAUGCUAAAAAAUGAUAAAAAAAAAAAAAAAAAUUCAAAAAUCGUGACAAGCGAAAGAAACAUAAGCAAACUAAUUUAUAAUUAAAAAAAUAAAUUGCAUUCCUUAGAAUAGAUAGACAGACAAUUAAGGUGACAAUAAAAUAAUUAUUCUUUUUGAAUAAAGAAAGUACAAUUCUAAACAUUUGAAAUAAUAAAUAAUAGUAUUCAUUGAAUAAUAUUUGAUGGUGACAUUUGGUGAAGGGCUUAAAUAAUAUGAUAUAAUAUAGACUAUAAAUUAAGAAAUUAGCUAAUGACUGAUGAAAAAUUAGCAUUGACUGAUAUUUUAAUAUUACAAAUCUAUAGCAUAUUAUUGUACAAAAUUUUGAAUGAUAAAAAAA